GCGCAGACGUCCUCAACCUAUCAGCAAGCAGGAGGGCUGUUGGUCAGAACAAGGCCAUGCGGUCACACCGGCGUUUCUGUUCCUUAAAUGCGCGGCCCGAGGACCUGAGUUGUCAAAGGGAACGUGAUUUCCAGGGGGAACCGAAUCGGAUACAACACAUGCGGCGACUUUUCGCGUGUUGUUGCCCAAACGCCUGGUCGCUCAUCGCCUGUGGGCGGACCGUUGGCUGCCAUGGUUUCGCUGACGUCAAGCACGAAUCAAAUGCGUUCACACUACAAAGAAAAAUCCUGCCUGUUGAGCUAAAAGUCGUGCCUGUGGAGGUGGCUCUGCUGCAGAUCAUGAACCAGCCACCCAUCUGCAACGCCAUCAUCCAGCUCAUCGAGUGGUUUGAUGAGCCUGACCGCUACAUCUUGAUCCUGGAGCGCCCUGACCCUUGCAAGAGCUUGGAUAGUUUCCUUCAGGACUAUGGAGGUUAUGUCACUGAGGACAUGGCACGAGACAUCAUGUGGCAGUCGGUGGCGGCAGCGUUCCAGUGCAGCAAGCGAGGUGUCAUGCACCGGGACAUCAAACUGGAGAACUUGCUGAUCAACCCGCACACCUUGGCGGUCAAGCUGAUUGACUUUGGCUGCGGUGAUUUGAUCAAGAAAUCUGGUUACGACAUUUUUGAAGGCACGACUGAAUACUUCCCUCCCGAGUUUUUUCUGAAAGGGAGGUAUCACGCUGGACCAGCAACAGUUUGGUCCCUCUGUGUCCUGAUGUUCAGGAUGGUUUGCGGGUACCUUCCCUUUGCCGAGGAUGACAUCACUAGUGGAGCUCUGCACUUCAGAGAUGGCCUUUCUAAUGAAUGCUGCGAUCUAAUUCGCUGGUGCCUACAGCGCAACCCAACCAUCAGGCUGAAUUUGCAGAAGUUACAGUAGCAUGACUGGCUACGAUGCAACGUGCCAAAUUAGGAUCAGUUGAGCCAGGGAGGAGAGGAAAUGACCAC